CACAGUACUCGAGUCGUGUAUGUAUUUUUCUGCAGCACAGGUAGUCGUGCGAAGCGCAUGAUCGAAAUUUGCAGACCACAUUCGUCGUGAUUCGCGGCCCCAAGCAAACACUCGGCGCGCUCGCGAUCAUCUGACAUAAUAAUAAUCUCUGCCCGCGAGUGCAAAUAUAAAAAAUCGCUCGCAACAACGACCCGACCUCGUUUCUCGAAUGUGAUCCUCUACGUGUAACCCAGUGUAAUCCAAUUCAAUAAAUAGUGUCAAUUAAUCGUCGAAAUGAGUCUGGUUCUGUGUGCUGCUGGUCUGCUGCGUACCAGCCGAAAUCCAAAAAUCGCCAAUUUGACCUUCGCCACCAGCUGCAUCGUCAAGCACUCCCUGCUGACUGCCAAAAACUCAAGUGCACUCUUGCAUCUCAUUAAGCACGAUGCCUAUGUCAUUACCCGAAGUUGCAGCGGCAAUGUCAUUGAUAGAGCACAGAAAAAGAAAAAUAUUCCUCAAACGAAACCCAUAGUAACACCAGUAAAGCAGGCAUCAGUUGUAGCAAGUAUUACUGGAGGAAAACCAGCUCAGCAGAAGAGAAAUUGUUUUCAUCCUGGAGCUUCCAGUUUGAGCCGAGAAGCGUUUAAAAUUGAUGCACCAAAAGUUGCACCAAAAGAUAUGCUAGGUGCUAUGUUCAAUUUUAUAUGGCCCAAGGACGAACCAGAAAUAAGGAACAGAGUCAAAGUUGCUUUAGGUCUACUUGUUAGUGCUAAGUUGCUAAACGUUUCGGUCCCAUUUCUCUUCAAGUAUGCAGUUGACUCUUUUGGUCCAGAAAAUGCAGCUGCCCUUGCAACUGCUCCAGAUACAGUUGCAACUGUUGGAACUGCCUUGCUGGUUGGAUAUGGUAUUGCUCGUUGUGGAGCAUUUGGAUUUAAUGAACUACGAAAUGCUGUUUUUGCCAAGGUCGCGCAACAUUCUAUUCGAAAAAUUGCCAGAAAUGUAUUUUUACACCUUCAUAAACUUGAUCUCGCGUUUCAUCUUAGCAGACAAACUGGAGCACUAUCUAAAACAAUCGACAGAGGUAGCAGAGGUAUCAACUUUGUUUUAACAGCGAUGGUGUUCAACAUUGUGCCUACUAUUUUCGAAUUAACAUUAGUCAGUACUAUAUUGGGUAUGAAGUGUGGUGCUGAGUAUGCAGGAGUUGCGCUUGGCUGUGUCGGUACAUAUGCUCUGUUCACUCUUGCCAUAACUCAGUGGAGGACGAAAUUCCGAGUUUACAUGAAUAAAGCCGAAAACGAAGCUGGAAAUAAAGCUAUCGAUUCGCUUAUUAAUUACGAGACUGUUAAAUACUUUAAUAACGAAAAAUUCGAAGCUGAAAGGUAUGACGCAUCGCUUAAAAAAUAUGAAGCGGCUUCAUUGAAAACGAGCACAAGUUUAGCAUUGCUUAAUUUUGGACAGCAUGCAAUCUUCAGUACUGCCUUAAGUUUAAUCAUGGUUUUAGCUGCUAGAGACAUUGUUCAAGGUAACUUAACUGUUGGAGAUCUAGUGAUGGUCAAUGGGUUACUCUUCCAAUUAUCGAUCCCCCUAGGAUUUUUAGGAUCAGUUUACAGAGAAGUACGACAAGCUUUUGUAGAUAUGCAAACAAUGUUUGCACUAACCAUGACUGACCCUAAAAUAAAAAACAAAGUCAAUACACUGCCUUUCCACGUAGUUCCGCAAAAUUCGGAAAUUAUUUUUGACAACGUAAACUUCCAGUACAUUCAAGGAAAAAAUAUUCUUAAUGACUUAUCGUUUACGAUUUCUCCUGGGAAGAAAAUUGCGAUCGUUGGUGGCUCUGGUUCAGGCAAAACGACAUUGAUAAGACUACUCUACAGAUUUUUCGAUCCCGAUUCUGGUCAGAUAUUGAUCAACGGCAAAAAUAUUCGCGACGUCGACGUAGACGAACUGCGACGUGCAAUAUCCAUAGUUCCUCAAGAUUCCGUACUUUUCCAUGAAUCUAUCUUUUACAAUUUGCAUUAUGGUAACUUAUCGAAGUCAGAGGAGGAGGUUUACAAAGCCGCCGAGAUGGCGAAUCUGCACGAGUCCAUUCUAGGGUGGCCGGACAAAUACAACACUCAAGUCGGCGAGCGGGGAUUAAAAUUGAGCGGUGGUGAAAAGCAAAGAGUCGCGAUCGCUCGAGCCAUUCUCAAGGGUAGUCCGAUACUCGUGUUCGACGAGGCUACCUCAUCUUUAGACUCGAUUACCGAACAGCACAUACUGCAAGCUCUGAGACGCGCCACAAGUGGAAAAACGUCGAUCGUCAUUGCUCAUCGUUUGUCCACGGUCAUGGACGCCGACGAGAUUUUCGUUCUGAACGGCGGCCGCAUGGUCGAACGUGGCAAGCAUCACGAUCUGUUGAAGAUACCGAAUUCCUAUUACAGUAGACUGUGGGACGCUCAACAUUUGGACGCUUUCGAACAAGAGCAGACCCAACAGCAGCAACAGCAGACGUGAAUCGUGUGAUGAUUUUAUCCUUUUAAUUAUAAAUACCACAUGUACAGAGAGAAUAUGUAUGAUAAUUGUUAUAAAAGUAUCGUGGUUACUUGUUGUUAAUUUUAAUCUAGCGUAACAGAUAUUUAUAUGUGUAAAUCAAUGUUGUAAAUACUCAUUCAUGUUGUUCUUUUUAUCUUUGAACGAUGUCGUUCUUCAGACAACAUUAAAGAAUAAAUUAAUUUUUUUGA